ACUUACGAAGACUACACCAUUGGCUGGGUCUGCGCCCUUUCGAAUGAGCAGGCGGCCGCAUUGUUCAUGCUCGAGAAGAGACACGAAGAGCUCCCCAAUCCAUCAGGCGAUUACAAUGCGUACACUCUCGGAAGCAUCGGCAAACACAACGUUGUCAUUGCCGGCCUACCCAAGGGCAGAUCCGGCACCACCAGCUCAGCAACAGUCGCCACCCGAAUGGUGUCAACCUUUCCCAACAUCAAAGUCGGUUUGAUGGUGGGCAUUGGCGGGGGGCUUCCCCAGAGAACACGCCUCGGUGAUGUAGUCAUCAGCUGUCCCAUCGAUGCACAGCCGGGCGUUGUCCAGUGGGAUAUGGGCAAGGCGGAAGACGGCGGCAACUUCAGGAGAACUGGUGCAUUGGCUCCUCCGCCCACGGCUUUGCUCACAGCCCUGGGAAAGUUUGACGCUGACAAGUUGGCUUCACGGAAAAAGAUACUCGGCUACCUGGAGGAUCUCAGACGGAAUCCGAACGUCCCAGAGAGCUUCUGGAAGUCGGAAAUACUCCAGGACGUUGAGUAUCAGUCGGGAUAUAGCCAUGUUCAGGGAGAUGAUUGUUCUAACUGCGACCCAAGUAUGGUGGUUCAGAGAAAGGCGAGAGUGGAAGAAAUGAUGAUUCAUUGCGGUCUCAUUGCAUCCGGCAACCAAGUCAUCAAGGACGCAGUCCUUCGGGAUAAUCUAUAUCAGAGAUUUGACAAGAAACUCCUAUGCCUCGAGAUGGAGGCUGCCGGAUUGAUGAACGAAUUUCCCUGCAUCGUCAUCCGAGGCAUCUGCGACUACGCUGACUCUCACAAGAACAAAGAAUGGCAAGACUAUGCCGCUGCAGUCGCUGCAGCUUGUGCAAAGGCGUAUUUGACGGUCUUGCCGGCGGGUGAG